AUGGCUUUACCUUGGCAUAUUUCCCUUGAAGCAAUAUCUAAUUUAAAAGAAAAGGAGCAACCUAUUGAACCGUCACAACUGUUGCAUUACUGCAAUUUAAAUAUUCAUAAAAAUCCUUGUGAAGAACUACAGUCAGGCCUUAUGUGUGAAAUAGGUAUGAAUAAUAAAGAACCCACGGUCAUACAAAGACUUAUUGCUUCGGGUAUGACUGUUGCACGCUUGAACUUACGCGAUUUAGAGCCGGACGCUAGCGCUCAACUUAUUCAAAGUAUCCGUCAAGCUGUUUGUAAUUACAGUGCAGAACUAGAUUAUGUAUAUCCUUUGGCGUUAAUUGUUGAUGUAAGAGGUCCCGACAUUAUUACUGGAGAUCUUAAAGGUGGUGCUCGUACAAUGAUUGAGUUAGUCCAAGAUCAGACUAUUCGACUAACAACUGAUGCAGGUUGGCGUGAAUGCGGUACGGUUGAUUGUCUGUUUGUUGGUUAUGAUCAUUUAACCGACCUACAGCCUUGUGAUAUUAUAUUUAUAGACAGUUUAACAUCUGGCAAAAUUAAAUUAUCAGUUUUGGCAGUUGGAGACGAUUCUAUAGAAUGUACAGUUAUAAAUGGUGGUACAAUUGGGGCUAAAAUGACAGUUCGGAUAUCAAAAGUACCGCAUGAUGCAGAAAAUAAUACAAAAAAGACACGUGAACGCUUUGAUUCACUAUCGUCUGACUCGUCUCAACAACCAUUUGAAUACAUGGAAGAUCAAAUAGCUUGGGCAGUAGCAUAUGACAUCGACGGAGUUUUAGUUCCUAAUGCCCAAGCUCCUCAAGAUAUUCGUCACGUAAGACAUAUUCUUUCUGAAAAAGGAAAGCACAUUCUUGUGUUUGCAUGUAUAGACUCAGUAGUAGGCUUAGAUAAUAUUGAUAUUUUACUAUCAGAAGCAGAUGGUAUAUAUGUUGAUAAGUGUAUUUUAAGUACCGAUUUACCAGUGGAGAAAAUAUUCAUAGCCCAAAAGGUUAUUUUGGCAAAAUGUAACUAUGCUGGUAAACCUUGUAUAUGCAAGGCUGUCAUAAACGAACAGAUACCCAAUUUGUGUGUAAAUGAUAUUGGAAAUUUAGUUUUGGAUGGAGCUGAUGUUUUGUCUUUAGAGCUACAUUAUGAUUCUCCAUUAAAAAAAUUUUCUCCUUCAUUUGAUGCGGUGCGGAUGGCAGAACACUGUAUUGCAGCUGCAGCUGUUAUAUGCAGACAAGCUGAGCGCAUAAUUUGGCAACCAAAAACUUAUGGUAAUAUAAGACUUAUGCAGAAUUCACUUGAAGAUCCCUCUAAAGCUGUUUGUAUAAGUGCCGUAGAACUAGCUAUGCGUUCACGGGCGGUUGUUAUAAUUUGUUUAACAAGCUCUGGACGUACAGCAAAAAUACUAUCGCAUGCUAAACCAACUUGUCCUAUCGUUGCCGUCACUAGAUUGUGCCAUACAGCAAGACAAUUACGUUUUUGGAGAGGUAUACGAGCUAUGCAUUACUUCGAAGAUGCUAAAAGUACUUGGAUUUCAGAAGUUGAAUCACGUAUACAUUCUGCCCUUGAUUAUUGCAAAGCUAAGAGAGUAGUUCGUGCAGGCGAUGCUUAUGUUAUAGUAACAAGUUUACGAAGAGGUGUUGGAUAUUGCGAUUCUGUCAGGCUCUUGUAUGCAAGUGCACGUGAUACUAUAUUUGUAGAGUAA